GAUCCUCAUACCACGGAGUUGUCGAAAUUCUGUUUCUCACUGCUGUUGAUUUCACUCACUUUCUCUAACUUCUUUCUUCAAUCUUUAUGAUCUUAUCCUCAGCAGGCCUGAUACUUUCCUGAUUUAUCUAUUCUAUUGCUAUUCUUCAUAUUGCCACCGUGCUGUGCAUAAUUAUCUAAAUUUUAUAUUUUACCAUCAGACAAAUCAAAAUGCCUUCGCUCCAACAACUCCUCCUAUUGACUUCCUCCCUCCUCGUCUCAAUCAACGCCCAAGGCGUUCUUCUUUCAGCCCAAGGCACCAAAGGCUCUCCUGCAUCUCUCCCUCUUCAAGUCGUACUCAACUCCAACGACGCCAACAUAAUCAACCCCACCGAAAUUAGCACCAACGUCGUCAAUGAAUGCGGACGUACUCUUCUUAACGGCAACAUCGAUAUUGGCGAAAACACCGAGACCCAAUUGUCCAAAAAAACCGUAACAUCAGUUACGAAAGGAAGUACGGUCAAUGUGGUGAUGCAGCAAGGAGGUACGAAUGGAGCAGGGCCGUAUACAUGUGAUAUGGAUCCAACGAGUAAUGCACAAGCCUCCGGUCAGACGAAGUUGACCGUCAAGGAGACGGAUGGAACGGACGGGAAUAUCAAAUUGGCGGUUACUAUGCCGAGUAAUAUGAGUUGUAUUGGCGCCUCAACAGGAAACAUCUGUACAAUCCGCUGUUUCAAUGCAGCAACAGCUGGUCCAUUUGGUGGUUGUUUUGCAGUAAUGCAGACAGAUGAGACAGCUAGCAAGAACACGCCCGGUACGAUUGCCACAGCGCAGACAUUAGAAGGUGUUGAAGCUCAGGUAUUACAAAACAACAAAGAUCUUCCUGCCGCUAUGAAAGCCAAUUCCGAAGCAACACUUAACGAACAGGGAUUAUUCGCCGUCGAAGCUCUUCUCAGCUCUUCUUUGACGGCAAUUGCUACGAGUACUACUGCAGCUGCAGCGGCGGCUACUAAUGCCGCGGCUGCUAAAAAGAAUGGAAAUGGAAAUGCAAAUGCAAAUGCAAAUUCAAACGGAAACGGAAACGGAAAUGGAAAUGGGAAUGGGAAUAAGAAGAAUGGAGGAGGAAAUGGGAAGAAUGCGAACAACGCGAGGAGUGAGAGGGUUUUUGUUGCAUGAUGGAUGACGAGCAAGAAAAUUCGUGGCGGUAAGGUGAAUGAGAGGGAGAGGGAGAGGGAGAGGAAGCUGUAAACUAUACCCACUUUUUAUCUGUAGUUGCUUGAACGGUAUGAUAUUUGAUAAUUACUGCGUAUCUGAACUAAAAGAGGUGUAUGAAUAUACCCGUCUGGUUUUCUUUCGAGGAUA